AUGGAGCUGAGGCUAAACGAUGAGCACGAUGUUAAAAAGUUGAAGAGGCUGGGGGCAGAGGACUGUCCAUUGCUUGCUACCUUUUUGAUUCAGCUCGAGAGAAGGAAGGGAGUCCAGUCCUCGGGGAUCAUGCUCACUUUCUGGCUUGUAGCCCUACUGUGUGCCCUUGCCAUCUUGCGAUCCAAAAUCAUGACUGCCUUAAAAGAGGAUGCUGAAAUCGACGUGUUUCGCGAUGUCACUUUCUACAUUUACUUUUCCCUCGUGCUGAUGCAGCUCGUGCUGUCCUGUUUCUCGGACCGACCACCCCUGUUCUCUGAAACCAUCCACGACCCCAAUCCCUGCCCGGAAUCCAGCGCCUCCUUCCUUUCCAGAGUCACCUUCUGGUGGAUCACAGGGCUGAUGGUCCGGGGCUACCGCCAGCCCCUGGAGAGCACUGACCUCUGGUCCCUGAACAAGGAGGACACAUCAGAACAAGUUGUGCCCGUUUUGGUGAAGAACUGGAAGAAGGAGUGUGCCAAAUCCAAAAGGCAGCAGGCAAAGAUGGCGUACUCCUCCAAGGACCCCGCCAAGCAGAAAGGGGGCUCGCAGGUGGAUGUGAAUGAGGAGGCUGAGGUUUUGAUUGUCAAGUCCCCCCAGAAGGAGCGGGAGCCGUCUCUGUUCAAGGUGUUAUACAAGACCUUCGGGCCCUACUUCCUCAUGAGCUUCCUAUUCAAGGCCCUACACGACCUGAUGAUGUUUGCUGGCCCAGAGAUCUUAAAAUUGCUCAUCAACUUCGUGAACGAUCAGAAGGCCCCGGACUGGCAGGGCUACUUCUACACCGCGCUGCUAUUCGUCAGCGCCUGCCUCCAGACCCUCGUGCUGCACCAGUACUUCCACAUCUGCUUCGUCAGCGGCAUGAGGAUCAAGACGGCCGUCAUCGGCGCCGUCUACCGGAAGGCCUUGGUGAUCACCAACUCAGCCAGAAAAUCCUCCACCGUCGGGGAGAUUGUCAACCUCAUGUCUGUGGACGCCCAGAGGUUCAUGGACCUGGCCACGUACAUUAACAUGAUCUGGUCGGCUCCUCUGCAAGUCAUCCUUGCUCUCUACCUCCUGUGGCUGAACCUGGGCCCAUCCGUCCUGGCCGGGGUGGCUGUGAUGAUCCUCAUGGUUCCCCUCAAUGCCGUGAUGGCCAUGAAGACCAAGACCUACCAGGUGGCACACAUGAAGAGCAAAGACAAUCGGAUUAAGCUGAUGAAUGAGAUUCUCAAUGGGAUCAAAGUGCUCAAGCUUUACGCCUGGGAACUGGCCUUCAAGGACAAGGUGCUGGCCAUCAGGCAGGAGGAGCUGAAGGUGCUCAAGAAAUCGGCCUACCUGGCGGCUGUGGGAACCUUCACUUGGGUCUGCACACCUUUCCUGGUGGCCCUGUCUACCUUUGCCGUCUACGUGACCAUCGACAAGAACAACAUCCUGGAUGCCCAGAAAGCUUUCGUGUCCUUGGCCUUGUUCAACAUCCUCCGAUUUCCCCUGAAUAUUCUCCCCAUGGUCAUCAGCAGCAUCGUGCAGGUACAGGCGGGGCUGGAGGGGCCUGAGGGUGGGGUCUUCUGCGGAAAGGAAGUAAAAGGGCAUACAGGUCCCCUCCAUACAGCUCCCUCGGCAUUACCCGUCCCACUGUGCCCAGGCGUGAACCUGUCUGGGGGCCAGAAGCAGCGAGUGAGCCUGGCCCGGGCCGUGUACUGUGACUCCGACAUCUACCUCUUCGAUGACCCCCUGUCGGCAGUGGAUGCCCACGUGGGAAAACACAUAUUUGAAAAUGUCAUUGGCCCCAAGGGGAUGCUGAGGAGCAAGACGCGGCUCCUGGUCACACACAGCAUCAGCUACCUGCCCCAGGUGGAUGUCAUCAUCGUCAUGACCGGCGGCAAGAUCUCGGAGAUGGGCUCCUACCAGGAGCUGCUAGCCCGGGACGGCGCCUUCGCCGAGUUCCUGCGCACGUAUGCCAGCACCGAGCAGGAGCGGGCCGAGCAGGACGACGGGUUAAUAAGUGUCAGCAGCCCAGGGAAGGAGGUGAAGCAGAUGGAGAAUGGCAUGCUGGUGACUGAUGUCGCGGGGAAGCAGCUGCAGAGACAGCUCAGCAACUCCUCCUCCUACGGCGGGGACGUUAGCCGCCACCGCACCAGCACGGCCGAGCUGCAGAAAGCUGGGGCCAAGAACGAGGACGCGUGGAAGCUGGUGGAGGCGGACAAGGCGCAAACAGGGCAGGUCAAGCUGUCCGUGUACUGGGACUACAUGAAGGCGAUCGGACUUUUCAUCUCCUUUCUGAGCAUCUUCCUUUUCCUGUGUAACCACAUUGCUGCUCUGGCCUCUAACUACUGGCUCAGCCUCUGGACUGAUGACCCCAUCGUCAACGGGACCCAGGAACACACUAAAGUCCGGCUGAGCGUCUAUGGAGCCCUGGGCAUUUCGCAAGGUAUCUCCGUGUUCGGCUACUCCAUGGCGGUGUCCAUCGGGGGGAUCUUGGCUUCCCGCCGCCUGCACCUGGACCUGCUACAGAACGUCCUCCGGUCACCCAUGAGCUUCUUCGAGCGGACCCCCAGCGGGAACCUGGUGAACCGCUUCUCUAAGGAGCUGGACACGGUGGACUCGAUGAUCCCGCAGGUCAUCAAGAUGUUCAUGGGCUCCCUGUUCAAUGUCAUGGGCGCCUGCAUCAUCAUCCUGCUGGCCACUCCCAUUGCCGCCAUCAUCAUCCCGCCGCUUGGCCUCAUCUACUUCUUCGUCCAGGUGAGAAGUGGGGUCUCAGGGUGCAGGAGGGGGCCUGCUGUGUACACUACUUCCAUGUGAGCUAAGGGCUCACUUCAUCUUAACAUUUCCCCAGCGUGGAGCUGUUGGGGAUUUGCUGGAAGAGGGUUGAAUUUGUUUUUGUCAG